CGACAGCAGAAAAGUUUGUGUUUGUCAACAAAAAUAAAAGUUUAAGAAAAUGCAAAAUGACUCUUUAUAUGGAAAAUGCAGUUACUUUUCCUGAACCCGGCUCGAUUUCCAUCAAUACCCUUUGGCACCCCAACGUAUCCCUUUUAGCUGUGGCCAGCUUUUCUCAGGAAAAAGGGGGAUUUGUGAUUAUUUUCGAUGAACUGGGAGAAUCAAUAAAAGACAUCUAUUGCCCUGUACACCGCAGCUAUCAAGUAACCGCUUUAGCUUGGCACCCGGAAAAAACGCUUUUAGUUAGCGGUUGGGAAAAUGGUGACUUAAAAGUCUGGAAUGGAACCGACAAAGAGUUUAUUGCAGUGGUUGGGCCUCACAAAACUCCAGUUACUUUGUUGGAGUUUAGCGAAAAGGGCGGACGAUUAGUUUCAUGUGAUUCCAGUGGGUCAGUUGUGGGUUGGAAGGUUGAUACUAAAGGUGAAACGAACAUGCUGUUUCAUUUGGAUUUGAAUAAGGAAUCUAUUACGAAUCUUACGUUUAGGCUUACAGUGAAGACUUCUAGUGAUUUUGAUGUUGAAGGUCUGGCUAGAGCUGCAGUAAAUGGUGAUGAAAAUGCAUUGGACAUGUUCAGCAAUUGGCGUCCGAAAACAACAGCCAGAAAAUUUAGAAUCCAAGAAGGCUCUGAUAAUUUUUGCUUUUUCAUUGCCACUCAAAAUGGUUCAAUUUAUUAUGUAAACGCAAAUGGUUCUUGCACUGAAGUACUAAACACAGAAGGCACCAGCAUCUCUCAUAUGCUUUACCAAACUAACAAAGAAGCCUUGGUAAUAAUGAUGGAAGGCCUUACAAUUGGCCAUUUUUCGGUGGAUAGGCAAGGCAAUUUAAGCGAAAUUGCUAAGGUUAAGUUAAGUGGGAGGCUUCAAACUAGCAGUCAAGGUUUAACUUGGGCCGGCAAUUCUAGCUUGGCUAUAUUAGCUGGAGAUAUCACUCUUAGGAUUUGGGAUUUGGAAACCAAUGAUAACUUUGUUUUGCCUACUACAAUGAAAUUGUAUGUCAGCGAUAAUAAGGCUUCGUCUUCUGUUAGUGAAAUUUUCACUUGCGUAGCUUACUGUAAGCUUAAUCAGACUUUAUGUGCAGGAACUAAUAUUGGAAACAUUUAUUUUUGGACAAAGAAUCCUCAUUUAUUAAGCGAAAAUGUCGAAGACCAAUGGGAAUUGAACAACAUCAACAAUAUCGGUGGUACAAUCAAGCAAUUGAAAUGGGGCUCUUUUAUGAUGAGGCUACCUUUGCUCAGCGUCAACUGUGUGACUUCUAUUUAUAUUAUGAAGGAACAAACCGUUUGUACAGCAUUCUCUAGUAAAAUAUGGGCUACUCAGAAAACCACAAAUCAAAUCUGGAUUGAAUCCAAUAAGAGUAACAAAUUAUUGGAGUUGGAAUCACAAGUCAGUGAUAUGGCUAUUUCUGAGGAUUUUGUAGUGUUUUCAAAUGGCAGGAUUGUCACUGUUUACAAUAUCAGUUGGUUAGCAAACCAAAAAGACGAAUCAGAUGAGUUUACGGUAACUUACAGUAACAACUUCCAUUGCGACAACGACGGUAUAAUUCUACAUGAAAAAACCAUAAUAAGUUUAAGCUCAGAAAAGGUAACAUUAUACACUUAUAAUGGUAGUAUAAUAUUCCAUAUUACUUCAACUAUGAGUGAAGGUGAGCCUAUUGGAGUAGAUGUUACAAAUAAUUACUUGACAAUAGCCACUAUGGAGGGUUACCUGAAAAUUUACGAUUUAGCCGACGAAAAUCACCCAAAACUAAUUACUCCAAUUAAAAGUUUAAUGGACUGCAUUGAAGAUUUCGGCGAAGUAAUCCAGGCCAAAACUAACUCCAAAGGCAACAAAGUGGCCUUUACCCUAGCAGCCUCUAAUCUAAUCCCAGAUGGAAAACUUUACAUAUUGGACAUAGAAUCUGACGAAAUAGUCACUUACGAUUUCAAAAAGUAUGAGUAUUUUGAUGAAGCAACUACAUCGUAUGAUGAAAUUUGCAAAAACCGCAUCCCCUUAUCAGUACAUUGGUGCCAAGAAGAUCAACGAUUACUAAUAUGCAAUGCCAGAAAACUAAAGAAAAAUACCAAGAAAAUAUUUGCCAAAACUUUAAGCGAAGAAGAUCAAAUAGUUGUCACAAUGUUUAUUCUGCCAGAAAACAAAAUAAAAAUCCACGAUAUUAAGGCAAUAGAUUCUGAAGCAAGGCUUUUAGGCCUCUCAAUACCUUACACAGUUACUUUACAAAAACUCAGCAUAGUGCGUGAAAUCAUGAGCGACUUUAGUGGAUUAGAAAAUUGCAAUUCAACAACCAAACAAGCUGUACUUGAUUUUAGUUACCAUUUGAGCCUAGGCAACAUGGACGCAGCCUUUAAAUCAAUAAAAUUAGUCCAAAGUCAAGGAGUUUGGGCAAGUUUAGCUAAAAUGUGCGUCAAAACUCAACGCUUAGAUGUAGCUAUGGUAUGCUUAGGCCAUAUGGGUAACGCCAAAGCAGCUGCAGCCCUACGCACAGCAAUUCAAGACGAAACUCUGUCACAAGAAUGCAAAAUAGCUGUGCUAGCAAUACAUUUGGGUUUACUAGAGGAAGCUGAGCAAUUGUAUGUACAAGCCGAGAGAUACGAUCUAUUGAACAAGUUACUCAGGUGCAGAAAUAAAAUGGAAGAAGCGCACGAAUUGGCCCAAAGCAAGGAUAGGAUUAACUUGAGGAAUACUGAGUAUGCUUGGGCCAAGCAGUUGGAGAAAAGUGGGAAUUUUAAGGAAGCGGCUGUGCGGUUUGAGAAGGCAGGGACACAUCGGUACGAUAUUCCUAGGAUGUUGAGCGAAAAUCCGCAACAAUUGGUGGCUUAUAUGAGCAGGACACAAGAUAAAGAAAUGCUAAAAUGGUGGGGCCAAUACGUAGAAUCCCAAGGCGAAAUGUCCGCCGCCCUAAAAAUCUACUCGACCGCCGGCGACGUCUACUCGCAAGUGCGAGUUUUGUGUUUCCUAAACGAAGAAACUCGAGCAGCCGAGUUGGCAAAGGCCAGCUCGGACAAAGCUGCCUUCUACCACAUGGCCCGCUACUACGAAACCAUUGGCCAAAUCCAAGAGGCUGUUGACUUUUAUAUAAGGGCAACAGCGUAUUCCAAUGCAGUGCGUUUAGCUAAAGAGCACAAUUUAAGUGACGAGCUGUGGAGUUUGGGCCUAACGGUUUCCAAUCGGGACAAAAUCGAAAUUGCCAAAUAUUUCGAGGAACAAAAUAAUUUAGAAAAUGCUGUUGUGCUGUAUCAUAGAGGCGGAAUGUUGCAUAAGGCUUUAGAUUUGGCUUUUAAGACUCAGCAGUUUGAUAUACUGCAAGAAAUUGCUACGCAAUUGGAUGCUGAUUCUGAUCCGGCCUUAAUUGAUAAAUGCGCUCAAUAUUUUAUCAAUGAAGAGCAAUUUGAUAAGGCUGUUGAUCUUUUGGGUAUUGCCAAAAAGUAUUCAGAAGCCAUCCAAGUAUGUGUUGACCACAACGUCCGACUGACGGAAGACCUAACUGAAAAAUUAACUCCUGAAAAGGACAAAGUAGACGAGCAACUAAGAAUCAACGUUUUACACACCCUUGCAGAAAGUCUAAUGUUACAAGGCGACUACCAUUUGGCCACAAAGAAGUUCACCCAAGCAGGCGACAAAAUCCAAGCAAUGAAGGCCCUUUUAAAAUCAGGCGACACUGACAAAAUCAUUUUUUUUGCUGGCGUAUCGCGACAACGCGAAAUCUACAUUAUGGCCGCAAAUUAUUUGCAAACAUUAGACUGGCAAAAUAAACCAGAAAUCUUACGCAACAUUAUUACGUUUUACUCAAAAGGCAAGGCUUUGGAUUUGCUUGCAAACUUCUAUGUUGCAUGCGCCCAAGUUGAAAUUGACGACUUUCAAAAUUAUGAAAAAGCUUUGGGGGCUUUAACGGAAGCUUCUAGAUGUUUGCAAAAAAUCACUGACAAUCCUGCUCACAUUCAAAGAGCCAUGGAGAUUGUACAGCAAAGAUUCAGUAUGGUUAAAAGGUUUGUUGACAUUAGGAAGUCGUUUGAAAGAGGCGAUCCACAAGCUGGAAUGACUCAGUGUAAACAGCUUCUAAUGCUCAACGGGCCAGAAUUGGAUGCUUCUGUGCGUCGUGGAGAUAUUUAUGCUUUGAUGAUUCACAAUUGUGUCAAGCAAGGUAAUUUUUCUGAAGGCAAACAACUUGUAGUGGAGUUGAGGCAAUUUCUUGCAAAUGAAGGCAUUAAAAUACCUUUGACUUAUUAUGUCAAUAAGGAGGUUAUUGAGGCUUUGGCUAAGGGUUUAGGGGUGCCUUCUAGUAGUUUCGUGCCAGUUAUUCCGAAAAAGGCCAGCGUGGAUCGUGAAGAAGUGGAUGAGGUUUUAGAGGAGUAAAAAUUUAAUCGUAGAUGUAUGUAGUUUGUUAUUUAAUUAAAUCAAAAUAAAAUAAAAUAAAUUUACCUUAAACAGUUAUUUACAAUAAUUAUUUUCUAGUGGUUGGAAAAAAAAUUUGGAAUAUUAAGGUGGCAUCAAAUCUUCAAAUAUUGACUGGCCAAACAAUACUGCAUUUCUUUCAACUCAAUAAUGACCCUAUUUACAAUGCCCUAAAAUAGUUAUAUGUACAAAUCUAUAGUAAUAAUUCUAUGCUUUGUAACACACUUAAAUGAUAUGAGUAAAAAAGAUAAUUGUUCCCACUUUUUUUGCUUUGCAUACUCACCUGUAUUGCACUUAAAUUAAAAUCGUCCAAAAAUUACAAUUUAAAUAGGCUAGAAUUUUGAAUUUUUGUAUAAAGAUUAAACCUAGUUAAAAUAAUUUUGUUUAGGCAGUAAUUUUAGGGUAAAAUGGUACAUAAUAAAUGUAUCUAGAGACUGAUAAAAUUGAAACCCCAAAGAAGGCUGUUGAUUUCAGAAUUUCCAACUUAAAUUUUUUAUAUAAUAACCUUUGUCCAAGUAGACACAGUUAACCAAUUCUUGAAAGAAAUCAAAUAUAAAAUAUACUUACAACUUUUCUUUUGUGCAUUGUUGAUAACUUAAAAACUUCUGGUUUCUGCUUUAGCUUCAAUAUUAAAAUUUUGCAAAAGUUCUGGUAAAUUUACACUUCUUCUUCAGCAUUCAAGACUCUCUAGACUCAUUUAAAAAAAAAAAGGAUUUCUAUAUCACAAUAAUUCAGUUUUGGAACUAGCAAAAAUUAAACGUUCCAAAACUGAUCAAAAUUCUAGUAAGACGCCAAAACAUUUGCAUUAGUAGGAACCACAACCGAAUGGUGCUGAAUCAAGUGCCCAUUCUGCACAAUAUUCCCAUUGGUCGAAGGCUGUUGUUGCAUCUGCACAGGAUUCUGAUUGGGUUGUUGCUGUGCAGCAGCGGCUUGCGCAGCUUGUUCCGCUUUUUCCCUGUCGGCCGCGUGUUUUCGGCCGUGACGCACCAAGUUGCCCUUUUCGGCGAAGGUUUUGUUGCACUCGGUGCAGCUGAAGGGUUUUUCGCCGCCGUGCGACCGCCUGUGCGAUACCAAGUGGCCUUUGCACAUGAAGUCUUUUUCGCAAAGGUCGCACCUGAAGGGUCGUUCGGCUUGUUGGCCUUUGUUGUGAGAUCUUUGAUGGAACAGGAGAUUACCUG